UGAUUUUGAUAUUAAGUUUAAAUCUUGCUGAACUGAGAGAUGUUUGAUCAGGAAUGGACGCGCAUCCCCAUCGCCUCCGACAAGGAUACAACCCAUCGUUACGGCCCUCACUCCUUUAAAUUGCUCAGGUUUGCUCUGUUCAACUGCAGUUUCAUACGCAACUUGCUUCCUUUCUGAUCUCUCCUACAUUUUCACACAUUACCUAUACCGAGACCUGGCCAAGUUCUAGGCAUCGUGGGUCGAAAUGGCAUUGGAAAAUCCACUGCUAUCAAACCUUUAUCUGGGAGGAUCAAACCUAACUUGGGACGCUUUGAUGAUCCUCCUGGAUGGCAAGAAAUUAUAAAUUUCUUUCAAGAGUCUGAGCUGCACAAUUACUUCAACAGUUUUGUUAAAGAUAAAUUGAAGGCAUCCCACCAAGCCCCAGCACAUCAAUCGCAUCCCUAAACUUCUUCAAGGCAAUCGCAAGCCUAACGUUAUUCAACUUCACCGCAACGUUGGCCAAUUUCCUACUCAGGUAGAUGAGAGAAAUAUGAAACAGGAACUUGCUGCUGACCUUGAGUUGAUUCAUGUUAUGGACCGAAAUGUGGGAGAUUUAUCGGGUGGAGAGCUUCAGAAGUUUGCAAUAGCUAUUGCUGCUCUGCGUAAUGCAGAUAUCUAUUUGUUUGAUGAGCCAUCGAGUUAUCUUGAUGUUAAGCAAAGAUUGAAAGCUGCCCGAGUCAUCCGAUCCUUGCUUCAACCUAAUAUCUAUGUGAUUGUGGUAGAGCAUGAUCUUAGUGUGCUUGAUUAUUUGUCGGACUUCAUAUGCUGCCUUUAUGGGAGACCUGGUAAAUAUGGGGCAGUUACUCUUCCAUUCUCUGUCAGACAAGGAAUUAAUAUUUUCCUUGCUGGAUUUGUGCCAACUGAAAAUAUUACAUUUAGAGAUGAAUCUCUAACAUUUGAUGUUGCUGAAACUCCACAAGAAAGUGCCGAGGAAAGUGAAACAUGUGCAAGACAUAAGUAUCCAAGCAUGGCUAAGACUAAUGGAAACUUCAGGCUCAAGGUUGAAGAGGGUGAAUUCACUGAUUCUCAAAUUAUUGUGCUGCUCGGAGAAAAUGGGAAGGGAAAGUCUAACUUCCUACAGAUGCUGGUACAUUGUUGCGUCGUUUGUUUACUUUUAGUGAACAUGUUAAUUUUGUUUAUUUAUGCUGAAAAUGUAGUCCUUUCAAAUGUUAGGCUGGCUUUAUGAAGCCUGAUUCAGUAGAAGGGCUCUGAUUUGGAAAUUCCAGACUUCAAAUUCUCUUACAAGCCACCAAAAAUGCAUACUAAAUUUGAGUGUAAC